AGAAGCUCCAGCAUAGAGGGCACGCCCAAUCCGGAAGACUUGAGGUUUCCUGCCAGUCCUAAGACAUGGGAACGACCGUGCAAAUCAAGAUCGGGAUAAUCGGCGGCUCCGGGCUUGAUGACCCGGACAUCUUGCAGGACAGGACGGAGCGGAGUGUGGACACCCCCUAUGGAAAGCCAUCAGACGUGCUUAUAUUUGGCAAAAUCAACAAUGUCAGCUGUGUGCUGCUUGCCAGACAUGGGAGACAGCACACUAUCAUGCCUUCCAACGUGAACUACCGGGCCAACAUCUGGGCCCUGAAACACGAAGGCUGCACCCACGUGUUGGUGACCACUGCUUGUGGCUCGCUCCGAGAGGACAUCCAGCCCGGGGACAUCGUCCUGUUGGACCAGUUCAUCGAUCGGACUACAAAACGAGCACAGACGUUUUACGAUGGAUCCUACAGCGAUGCUCCAGGUGUGUGUCACAUCCCGAUGGCUGAACCCUUCUGCACCAGGACCAGAGAGGUGCUGUCGGAGGUGGCCAGCAACCUGGGCUUGCGGUGUCACCCCCAGGGGGUGAUGCUGACCAUCGAGGGACCUCGCUUCUCCUCACGAGCUGAGAGCCUCAUGUUCCGGCAGUGGGGCGCUGAUGUCAUCAACAUGACCACCGUCCCCGAGGUGGUGCUGGCCAAGGAGGUGGGCCUAUGUUAUGCAGCCAUCGGCAUGGCAACCGACUAUGACUGCUGGAAGGAGCACGAGGAAUCGGUCUGUGUGGACAACGUCCUGAAGACCAUGAAGGAGAAUGCCAGCAAAGCCAAAAACAUCCUGCUCACAGCCAUACCACUGCUCAGUCAGAUGUCCUGGGAGAAGACCAUCGCUGAACAUGGAGCAAUGGCACGCUGCGCAGUUAUGUUGCCCAAGCACUGACGCUGGCAUUCCUCAAAGGCUGAUGGGAGAUGGCUUUAGCUGCUGCGCACACACACGCGCUCACACUCUCUCACACACACACACACACACACACACACACACACACACACACACACACACACACACACACACACUCCACAUUCUUCUGUUAGUCAUCAGCUACAAGCAGAGUCCUCAUAGUGCUUCAGUGGACACACACACACACACACACACACACACACACACACAUUUAACAUGACAGUGGACAGACGCAUUUAACAUGACUGGACACACAUAUACACAGUUAACAUCACAAAUGAGCUUCAUAAUAUGAGCAACAUAUUCUGCUCCUCUUAGUUUUGCUCUGUUCACUUCCUGUUUAUGGAUUAGCUGUUUAUCAUGUCUUUUUUCUCUUUAGAGGUGGUACGUGUUAGAUGAUGGUGGAUCCAUUUUCAAAUUAUUCCCAUCUUGUAGAGCUUCACGUGUCUUGUGGAGCUCACGUGAUUCCGCGUGCUCAUGUUCUUUGGCACAGAUUGCUCUAUAAAACCAUGGAAGUUACUAAAAGCUUGAAACAUCUUGAUCAAUCUGACCUGUAUGUAUGUUUUUUUUGUUUGUUUUUUUGAGUACUCAUCUGAUAGUAAUGUUUGUGCAGCAUGUUGGUUUCACUUUGAAAAUGAGGAAGCAGAUUUGUAAACUGACUUCCGUGUGUGUUGGCUUUCAUAUCCACAGCAGUUCUGUUCUCUGUCCACUCAAAUACUGCAAUGCCUUUUGUAGCUUUAAUAAAUCACAUGAUCAAAAUGUU